AUAGUUCAAUCAUUGCUAAAAGAGUGGGGCUUUUUCCUAAAGGACACCACAGCAAACUCAGUGACUUCUCAAGCUGAUGCUUUCCUGUCCCAGCCCCUCUCUGGCUGUGUUGCAGAACAACCUAUUCAAUCAGCUUCAGAGCACAUAAGUUGACCAUUAACCUCACACACUGAUUGCAAACACCAUCUCACUUUUAAGCAGCUGCUUCUGCACAGCGGAUCCCGAAGCAAAGUUCACUGUCACAGGCAUUGCAGGUCUGUCAGAAGGCAGCAGCUUGCUUCCCUCUCUGGAAUCUCUUUGUUUUUUUCUUCUUUUGUGAGGACUAGAAUCAAUCAUGGCUACUGCAAGUUAUGGAUACUACAGAAACACAAUAUUUUUGGCCAUGUUUGUGGGCUACACCCUGUAUUACUUUAACAGAAAGACUUUCUCCUUUGUAAUGCCCUCAUUAAUGGAGGAAAUUAAGCUGGAUAAGGAUGACCUGGGCAUGAUCACCAGUAGUCAGUCUUUGGCUUAUGCUAUCAGUAAGUUCAUCAGUGGUGUGCUUUCGGACACAAUCAGUGCCCGCUGGCUCUUCUCCAUUGGCUUGUUCAUGGUGGGAGGCAUCAACGUCGUCUUCUCAUGGUCCUCCACUGUUGCCGUCUUUUCUGCCCUGUGGUUUUUUAAUGGCUUGGGCCAAGGCCUUGGCUGGCCUCCCUGUGGCAGAGUGCUGCGCAAGUGGUUUGAGCCAUCUCAGUUUGGAACAUGGUGGGCCAUUCUCUCCUGCAGCAUGAACCUGGCCGGCAGCUUGGGCCCCAUCAUCGCCACAGUGUUGGCCCAGAGUUACAGUUGGAGGGCCAUACUGUCCUUCUCUGGAAUGAUCUGUGUGGUCGUCUCCUUUGUUUGCCUGCUGGUAAUCAAGAAUGAGCCAAAGGAUGUGGGGCUGCCCAACAUAGAGACGGCAGCCAAGAAGAGCAAAGGAGGAUCCUCCAGCAAUAAAAGUACCCUUUCUGAGUUCCUGCUGUCACCUUACCUGUGGCUGCUAUCUGUGUCCUAUCUGGUGGUGUUUGGGGUGAAGACGGUCUGUACUGACUGGGGACAGCUUUUUCUCAUUCAAGACAAGGGCCAGUCAACACUCAUGGGUAGCUCAUACAUGAGUGCCCUGGAGGUUGGAGGUCUGUUAGGCAGUCUUGCAGCAGGUUACUUCUCUGACAAGGCUGUAGCUAAACAAGGGAUGAAAGUCUAUGGAAACCCACGACAUUUCCUCCUGAUAUGCAUGAUGGCUGGAAUGUUUGUAUCUAUGUACUUGUUCAGAGUCACAGUCACACCUGACAGCUCAAAGGUGUGGAUUCUCAGCUUAGGUGCUGCUUUUGGCUUCUCCUCCUAUGGACCAAUAGCCUUGUUUGGAGUUAUAGCCAAUGAGAGUGCUCCGUCUAACUACUGUGGGACAUCACAUGCCAUCGUUGCCCUGAUGGCUAACAUUGGUGGCUUCCUCUCUGGAUUACCGUUCAGCACCAUCGCCAAGCACCAUGGCUGGGAAAUGGCCUUCUGGAUAGCAGAGAUCAUCUGCUUGGUCACCACUGUUGGAUUCUUCCUGUUGCGCAACAUCCGAACCAAGAUGGGACAUGUGUCCAAGAAGGCAGACUAACUCCAUCUCACCUAAACCUGUGUCCAGAAGAAACCAAAUAAUCUGAGGGCUCCCUUCAUGUUCAUUUUUUCAUAGAUUUUUUUUUAUGCCAGUAUUUCCACUGUCAAUCUUACCGGACAAUAACACGAAUAAACCUCUAAAGUUGG